GGGGAGCGGCGGAGAGUAAAUACAACAGGAGCGCAAAAUGGCGGAGCCGCCGAACCCAGCUCGCGGCGCCGUGGCUCUCCUCUCUGAGAAGGAAGCAUCUGGCAAAGUACAGCCUUCCUCGCGGGAGUCGCCGGGCUCUAUGUCUGCCAAGAAGGUUCGCACGGAGGAGAAGAAGGCGCCGCGGAGAGUGAACGGGGAGGGGGCCAGCGGCGGGAACGGCGGGCAGCUGCAGCCGCCCGCCGCCCCACCGCCCCAGAGCUACGGCAGCCCGGCGGCGUGGAGCUUCGCGGCUCGGUCCGCCGCCUCCUCCUCGUCCACCUCUCGGAGCUGUUACUCUUUCUCCGCCAGCCCGAGCGUCUCCUCAGCCUCCGCUUCCUCGUCUCAGCCGCUGCCGCGCAAACUGCUGGUCACUCCCUCGCUGCUGCACGCUCAGCCUCACCGCGUCCUGCUCCCGCCCGUCGCUGCGCCGGCCGCCGCCAAGCCGCGCAGACCCAAGGAGAAGCGCGAGAAGGAGAAGCGGAGGCAGCACGGCCUCGGCGCCGCCGCGGCCCGGGAUGAGAACGGCGAGGCGAAGCCGCUUCCGCGAGAUAAAAUCAAAGAAAAAAUUAAAGAGAAAGACAAAGAAAAAGAGAGAGAGAGAAAGAAGCAUAAAGUAAUGAGUGAGAUCAAGAAAGAAAAUGGAGAUGUAAGGAUUUUACUGAAAAGUGGGAAGGAGAAACCAAAAACAAAUAUAGAAGACUUACAAAUUAAAAAAGUAAAGAAGAAAAAGAAAAAGAAACACAAAGAGAAUGAAAAACGGAAGCGUCCAAAAAUGUAUAGCAAAUCUAUUCAGACCAUCUGUUCAGGAUUGCUGUCUGCUGAGGAGCAAGAAGCCCAAAGCAUCAUAAGUGAGAAUGGAAAGGAUUGCAUUGGAAAACAUUUGGAUACCAAAAACUGUGAUUCAAAAAUUCCUGAUAACAGCGACUUUCCAUUUGUGUCAUUAAAGGAGCCCAGCGAUAAGAAUAACCUUAGAAGGUUGGACACUUUGGCGUUCAGGCAGCUCAUUCACAUCGAGCAGCAGCCUAACGGAGGCGCGGCAGUCAUCCAUGCCUACAGUAAUGAACUCUCCUGCCUGUCUCCCAUGGAGAUGCAGAGAUUUGCAGAAGAAUUUGUGGGUUUAGUGUUCAGUGAAAACGAAAGCUCUGCGGCUUUCUAUGUAAUGGGCAUUGUUCAUGGGGCAGCUACAUACUUACCUGACUUUUUAGACUACUUUUCAUAUAAUUUUCCCAAUUCACCAGUGAAAAUGGAGAUACUGGGAAAGAAAGAUAUAGAAACAACGACUAUGUCCAAUUUUCAUGCUCAGGUAAAAAGAACAUAUUCUCAUGGUACUUACAGAGCUGGCCCGAUGCGACAGAUCAGCUUGGUGGGAGCAGUUGAUGAAGAAGUGGGCGAUUACUUCCCCGAGUUCCUUGACAUGUUAGAGGCGUCACCAUUUUUAAAAUGUACAUUGCCAUGGGGAACACUGUCUAGUCUGAAAUUAGAGAGUCGGAAAGAUAGUGAUGAUGGUCCCAUCAUGUGGGUACGUCCAGGAGAACAAAUGAUCCCCGUGGCUGAUAUGCCAAAGUCACCCUUCAAAAGGAAAAGAACUACCAAUGAAAUAAAAAACCUUCAGUAUCUACCUCGAACCAGUGAGCCUCGGGAGAUGCUGUUUGAAGACAGGACGAGAGCCCAUGCGGAUCACAUAGGACAAGGCUUUGAACGACAGACCACGGCGGCUGUUGGGGUGCUCAAGGCUGUGCACUGUGGACAGCGGCCUGAUCAACCCCGAGUAACCAAAGAUGUAAUUUGUUUUCAUGCAGAAGAUUUCUUAGAAGUAGUUCAACGAAUGCAAUUAGACUUACAUGAACCUCCACUGUCCCAGUGUGUGCAGUGGGUUGAUGAUGCAAAACUUAACCAGCUGAGGAGAGAAGGCAUUCGCUAUGCCAGGAUUCAGCUGUAUGAUAAUGACAUUUAUUUUAUUCCAAGGAAUGUUGUCCAUCAGUUCAAGACAGUUUCAGCUGUAUGCAGUUUGGCAUGGCACGUUCGACUGAAAUUCUAUCACGCAGAGGAGGACACUUGUCACAGUACGGUUACUCAUGAAAAGGGCAUAGCAUCAGGUCCCACAUCAUCAGUUCUCGGAGCUCACACUGAGAACCAAGCCUCCUCAGACUCUGUGUUGUCAGACAAACUUCAUUCUAAGUAUGAAUCACAACAAAUUAAACAGGAACCUGUUGCAGCUCUGAGAAUCAAGGAAGAACCUGUGACGGUUCCCAUACCUGAAAAGAUUGGAACACCAAAUAACACGGAAGGCAAGGACAGUAAGGCGAGGCUGGAUCACGCUCAGUUUCCAGAUUUUCACAUUGACAUGGACUCUACAUUUGAGAGCACCAACAGAGACUUAAAGGAAGACUCGUGUCCUGGAAGUGUCAGUAAUACAGUCGAUACACAGCAACAUAGUUCUGUACGUUCAAGUCAAGACAAAAGUGUGGAUGACAAUUUGUGCUGAAUUUGUUCAUUACGUAUAGCCUUUCUUUAAAACAUAAUUUGUAAUGGUUCAUGAAAUCUGAAAGCAAGCCUAGGAAUUGCUCUCAAGUCUGUUACAAAAUAUAGUUUAUGUAGCUUUGUAACAUUCCUCAGUGCCUGUCCAUAACUGUGAAGUAUCAAGCACUUAGGGCCAGAUGCACUGUAAACAUUGCAGGCUUAAAUACACAGGAGUCUUUAGAAAAGUCAUUUGAGUUGGAGUUGUAGGCUUUAGAAUAGAGCUGACAAAAUCAUAUAAAUAUAUUUUUUUGUAAUAUGAGCCAGAAUUUUUUUGACAAUAUAAGGUUUUUCCAUAGAGCUUAUUUAUACCAACUUUUUUUCAUUUUAAAUGUGUCAGCACUGUAGUGUAAAUAGCUUUACAAAACCUUUUUAGUGUGAUUUAUAUUGAAAUGUGAGCCACUUAAUAAAGGUUCAUAAUAAUAAA